AACCGUGAAAUUUCGCACAGAUCUGUGAAGUCAGGCAGUAAAUUUAUUCAGAUGAGAGUGACCCUCGCGUGCUACUAAACCAGUCAUAAGGACCUUGCAGAGUCAAAGAAUCUUUCCAGUUGUGCAUUCCAAAAUAUUGGAUUAGUUUACUUGGACGAAGGGUCGCGAAACAUGGCGAGGAUUAACCUGACGAUCUUGUGUGUUUGUUUUGUUGCCUGUUUUGGUCGAUUUUCUUCAGGUGACUUUUGUACGUCAUUGAACUCCACCGAAGUUUUACCUUGUGGUAAUCAAACGACAAUAUUCAAAGAUCCUUGUCUGGCUAACGGAUGCUGUUGGAACGAAUCAAAAAUUGAUAAUGAUACUGGCCUUAGUUGUUACAGAGCAAAGAAAUACAAUGGAACGUGCAUUAAGUAUCCAGAAGAUGGAAUCUGUUUCAAAUAUCUUAACAUGUCCGUUCCACAAUAUCGAGACACCCCUCGGUUCAUCGACUACAGUAUUGGUUUAAACCAAACCAACGAACUUCUCGCUCGAUUUCAAAACCUUAUCACCGUCGUUGGAAAAAAUGAAAUGUCAGAGAGUUGCCUGAACACUGUCAGAAUUCUUCUAUGCCAGUAUAUAUUGACCCCUUGCCUUGAAGACGGUUCCUUCAUUCAAAUAUGUCGCAGAGAUUGCGACAUGUACGAGACACAGUGCCCGGAUACUUUGCAGAAACUGUUGGGAGGCGCAUCUUUGAUUUUGCACAGCACACAGAGCAACUUCGUUCAUAUUCCACUCCCUGAUUGUAGGAAACUAGAAUACGAGAAAGAUUUAGCUAAAGUUGGCAAGAAAUGCUAUCUCACCGGACUUUUUAAUAACAAAGAAUCUUCCGGCAGCGAAGAUGAUAACAAUGUCAUCAUUAUUGCCUCAGUAGUUGUCAUCUUUUUAGUUCUGGUAUUAGUUAUUCUCCUGACCUUCCUCCUUCACAGACGACGGAGGAACAGAAAAGAGCAAGCCAAGCUGGAGCCUGGUACACCAUCCAUGAACCUGCGAGUGUCUUUCCCAGCCGUCUCAGUGAAAGAUCAUAUCAAUAUGUUGACCGCUGAAGAUUUAUUGAAGUCGAAGAUGUCAGUCAACGAUGUUAAGAAGAUCAGACAGUUUCCAGUGGAUAGAGUGGCUUAUGAGAAGGACCUCGGUGAGGGGCAGUUUGGACAAGUUUUUCAAGGACGUGCAAUUGGCCUAAACGACGAUAAUCCAGAUGCAGAAGUAAUAGUUGCUGUGAAGACAUUGAAGAAAGGAUCAUCUCACGAAGCGAAGCAAGAAUUUGAUGAGGAAGCUUGUCGUAUGAAUUUUCUUUUUCAUCCAAACAUUGUCCGUCUGUUGGCGGUAUCCGCCAUGGAGGAACCUUAUUGUAUGAUCUUCGAGUUCAUGAGCAAUGGAGAUCUGAGUGAAUACUUGAGAAAGUCUCAGCCAUUGGAGGAUGACACGGAACCAGACGACGAAAACAAAAAUCGUCUGUCACAAGCGACCUUAAUUCAUAUGUGUACAGAUAUCGCGAGAGGGCUGAAAUAUUUAGCAAGCCAUCGUCUCGUACAUAGAGAUGUCGCAACAAGAAAUUGCCUGGUUGCAGAUGACCUGACGAUCAAAAUCGCGGACUUUGGAAUGUCAAGAGACAUCUAUUCCAAUAACUAUUAUAAAAUUGAAAAAGAGACGGUUUUGCCAAUUCGUUGGCUUUCACCAGAGGCAGUCUUGUUCGGUAAAUUUACCAUUGAAUCAGAUACUUACUCAUACGGCGUCCUACUCUGGGAAGUUUUCACUUUCAGUAAGCAGCCAUAUUACGGUUACACAAACAAAGAAGUGUUGGAAUUCAUUGCAAAGGGUAUUCAUCUUGCUAAGCCUGAUUUUUGUCCUGAUUUUGUCUACCCUGUUAUGAAGAAAUGCUGGUCGAAGGAUCCUGAACUUCGGCCUGAUUACAACAAGAUUAUUGAUGCCUUGAAUGGAGACGACAUAAUCGAAGAAGCGAGAACACGCGAGGAACAAAAAGCACAACCUGAAUACCAGAAUUUUGUCCCAUUUUCUAACGAGACUAUCAACAGAGCGUCCAGCAGUAGUAGUGGAAACCAGAAUGAUCCAUUAAUCAAGUCGCAGGAACAAAGAAUACCUGGAGAAAAUCCAGUUUAUAAAAGAGAAAGAUCAAACUCUGGAAGUCAAGGAAGUUUUAACUCCGCUUUAGAAUCUGACUCAGAAAUAAGCAUUAGCGACGGACGGACGAGUAUUAACGAUGGACGAACUAACGUUAACGUCAAUAACGAUGGACGAACGAGCAGAACAGAUCUCUCAUUGCAUAAGACUUACGUAUGACAAGAAACGACGCACGUAGUUGUUAUGGAUUCCGACAAUGCGGACGACUGAAAUAUAUUUACGCCGUAUCUUGCAAAGAAAGCGGAAAUUAUUAUAACAUUGUAAAUGUAACACAAUCAAAUACUGAAAUAGACACAAAUUUCUCUUAACAUGUCAAACAUGGAACAGAAAUUUUCCAUAAUUCAUAGUUGCUAAUGCGAGCAUGUAUACUUCCUACAGCUUUCAUGAUAAAGAUCGUUGGGCAUAAAGAAUUGUUGUAAAAAAUUGUACAAACAUAGUCUAAGCAGUUGU